AUGGUGACGGCAAUUGCCGGCGGCGGCGUGCCAGCCGUCGUCACCAAACAUCGUAGGCGCUUGUGCGUGUUGAGGUCCGCCAGCGACUGCUCUAGCACCACUGGGCGGCCUCUCAACGGAGGGCGAGACAAGCGGCGGAACCAGGACUCCCAAAUCCCACGCGGCAAUGUCGUCAUGUGCCUGCAUCUCCUCUGCCAUCUUCACCACGCUGCUUGCUCCUCGCCGCCACCGCGCGCUCCCCACCUCGCCCUCGGCACCGCCACGGUGCUCGUGCGGAAAGGGACGUUCCGCAGUGAGGAGGCACACGACCUGUUCGACGAAUUGCUGCGUCAAGCCACCCACGUGCCCGGGCGUGAGCUGAACGGGUUCCUCGCUGUGCUCGCGCGGGCACCGGCCUCCGCAGCCUACAGAGAUGGCCCUGCCCUUGCCGUCGCACUCUUCAACCGCGCGUAUCGAGCUCACGGCACACCUAUGGCAUCCUCAUGGACUGCUGCACCCGCGCACACCGCCCAGAGCUAA